AUGCCUCCACGUGGAAGCAGACGGAUACUGGACACCUUUCGGCCCCAGACUAACUUUCGCAAGGUCGUACGGGAAGAUGAGGCUCGAAAGCCUUGGUCGGCAACUCACUCUGAUUACAAUCCGGAUUUAGUAGGAGACCAGACCAUCUUGUACUCAGGAGCUGAAGAGCAUCAUAGAGGAGUAGGACUUAUACUUAGCAGGAAAAGCCGAAAAAGCUCGAUGGAAUGGAACCCUGUUAAUGACAGAAUCAUCAGCGCAUGCUUUUUAUCCAGCUUUGCUAAGCUAACAAGAAUACAAUUAUACAGCCCAACAAACGAAGCAAACGAAGCGGAUAAAGACACCUUCUAUGAACAGCUUCAAAGAGAGAUUGCAAAAAUGCCAAAACAUGAUAGUACUGAUGGUAAUGGGUGA